UUGCCCGGCGACGGAACAACGGGGGAAAAAGAGAAUUUCGACAAACUUCUCUCUUUUUCCCGGCGAGGGAGAAGAGUCGUCGGCGAAGAAUGGCGACCAAAUCGACGGCUUCGAGUCUCCGCGUCCUGUUCGAUCAUCGUCUCCGACGCUACACUGAAAACGAAGGGGUUUCGUUGUCGAAGGAGAUGGAGAAGGAUUUGCUUAUUUCUCUAUCUCAGGUGUUAAGGGAAAUCCAGCGUUGGACUAGCGAAGCUGGCAGUGAUUCAGCCAUGGCGAGUUCAUCGGAAACAGGAGAACAGCUUGAGGACGAUGAGGAAUCUCCGGCUGCUCUUUCGAUUUCUGAAUUGGAGUAUAGUUGUUUAGUGGAUGUUGUUGCUGAUUUUGUCGGAUUGCUAGGCAUGAAGAGUCCAUAUAUUCAACAUUUGUCGGUCAGUAUUCUUGUGGAAGUAUCGGAGUUUCUGGUUGAAUGUGGAAGACAAUGGGAUGUUUUCAUUCGUACCCUUUGUGACUGUGUUCACUCAGUCUACAAAUUUCAGUGUCCUGAUUUAACCUCAGCGAUUGAUUUCAAUUUAUCCAAUUCUCUUGAUGUAUUAAAACAUAAGCUGAAGAAUACUGACCGGUACAUGGGCUUUGGCAUUUUUCGAGUUCUUCGCAACAUACUAAAGCGUUUGAACGGAGAAGAGAAUUAUGAACUUCUUGGUGUAUUCUAUAAAUCUAUCAGUUCUGUUCUUGCAAGCUUUCCUCAUGGUCUACUGGAUAAAUUGCACGGCGAUGGUGAAAUCAAUUCCCGUGCUCAUGCUCAGCCUCUUGGAAACGUCACAGGCCAUGAUCAACAGCUGGUAUUUCUCGGGGAGUUUGUUCAGUUCCUCUGUUCUCUGAUACGGCAAUGCAGCUUUCUUGAGGAUUCUAGCAGCUCUGGGCCGACAAAUUUGAUUCUUCCCAAAAUCAUCGACCUUGUUCCAGAUCUCCUGCAAUGGUGCCAUCCGGAGCUAGAAAAUCAGAUUGACACUUGCAUGUCAAGAUACCUAAUGCACAAAUUAUUGGUAUUGAUGAUCAGGCUCAGUUACCUGUCUGAGUUAAAUUGCACUACUCUUCAUUCAUGGCUGCAAUAUCUGCAUCUCCAUUAUCAAGGCUUUCUUCAACAACCUAUAAGUAGACACGGACCUGUUCAAGAUAAUUGUUUGGAUAGCUCUCCAUUUCUGUCGAGUUUGUCGAAUGGAGAGAUUCGUAAGAUAUAUUCCGACCAUUUGCAGAGAUUGGCUGUUUUCCUCUUCCUAAGGUGCUCCUUCACCUUGAUAAGUUCAAGAAAACAUUUUGAUGAUCGAUGUGAGCGUGACUGUAGAAAGAAAGGGCUGAAAGAAAUUCAUGAAUGGAUUGAAGAACAAAUUCCAGGUUAUACUUUUUCCAUCCAAGGCACUUGUUUUGAGAAAAAUAUGGAUUUCUCUAUAUCCUUCAUCCGGCUGUAUAUGCACGAGGAUGAUCUUUUAUUUAAAGUCCUACUGCAACUGCUGUCUGUACCAUUGCAUGGAGAGAAACUGUUCAGUGAAGAAAAGAUCUCGCUCCGAGAUGAAGAACAAACUAUUAUCUUCAGCUUAUCCAUCCUGUUCAAUCCUCUAAGCCUAUUCUGCAUAUUUCUUUCAGAGCUGCACUAUGAUCAUCAAGUCCUUCUUGAUUACCUCAUAUCUAGAGACACUGGAACUAGUUGUGCAGAAUAUUUGUUAAGGUGCUUGCGUGUCGUCUGUAAUUCAUGGAACAUUUUCCUGGAAUACCGGUUAGCAGAGAAAAAAGCCACAGAUGAAUCUUCUUCAAAGAAGAGAAAAACUUUGCAAGAGAGUUCCAAGAUUGAAGAUGCAAAAGAAUGACUGCUUUCCUUGAAGAGGUCAAUUGAGAAACUGCACCAGAAGAAACUGUUUCCCUACAACCCACGAGCCCUUCUACAACGUUUGUCGAGGUUUCAAGAGCUCUGCCUUGGCCAUGAAUAAACGCCCCACACGGGUACAUUGGUCAGCAUACCCAUAAGAACAGAACAGAAUGUAAGAUCUUGGACACAGCAUAUGACUGAUCAGAAGAAGCAACAAAUGAGCAUAUAUUAUAUAUAUAUACAGAAAUCUGAUGGGAUAGAUAGGUCUGACCCUGUUGCAGCAUAUAUGUAAAUGUAACCGACAGUAAGUGGACUUAUUCCUGAGGAACUAUGGGGCUGGAUUUUAGCUGA